ACCUUAACUGUGAUGAGAGUGCUUUUCAAAAUAAUACUUGUGAUCACAACCGUCAUCUUGACAUCUUUAGCUUUAUACAGCUACAAUCACAAAACCAGUAAGAAUAUAGUCAUACCUACAGCUCAACAAGUUUCGAAAAUGAACGCAGAACAACACGAAAGAUAUAUCGUAGUAUUUAAAGAUUCAGCCAGUGACGCUGAGAUUAAAAACUACGCUCAAGAAGUUGAAUCCGGUGGUGGUAAAAUAGUUCACCAUUACAAUCCAGAUGGAAUUAUGAAAUCUUUCGCUGGACACAUUCCACAAAAUGUAUACACAUCCUUAUCAGCACAAUCAGGUCAAUCACCAAUCGAUUUCAUUGAGAAAGAUAAGGAAAUGAAAAUUCAAUAGGUUGUCUGAUGAUAUUAUAUGUUUCAAUCAUCUAAGAUUAUGUAUUAAUGAUUCAUUUGACGAUGUAAUGGUCACUGUCAAUAAUAAGACAGUGAGUUUUUAAAUAGCGUGAAAAGUGUAAUGUAUUAGCAAUAGUUCCCUCCUAGAGUCAUUAUAUUUGAAUUCUAGAUUGUGAAUGAUAAGACCUCGCGUAGUUUACCGACACGUCCUCUACCAUGAUGUGACUGACACGAGCAAUUCUAAUGGGAAGUACAUUACGAUUCCUGUCCGAAAAGAAACCUUGUUCCUGAAUCACAAGUAAACCCCUGUGUCACAACGUCGCUAUGGUUGUAUCAUCAGUAAUUUUAUCACAUAACCAUUUAAUUUUGUACCAAUAGUCGAAGAAUACUACUAUAUUUUGUAAUAUAACUUUAAGCCAGAUGUACUUGUGUUAAUUAAACUGUCAAAUCCUCGUUUAGAUCUCCCAAGGACUAUGGAGUACCUGAGGUGGAGAAAUGUCUUGAAGACAUCAAUAGUCAUCUUAUUAAUGUCGAGUAUGCUGAUGUUUGUACAAGCAGUGCCAGAUCUAGAUGAUCAUCAAAGAAAGCUCGAAAGUGAUUUGGUACAACUUUCUGAGUACCCUAAUACUGUCGAGAAUGGAUAUAAUGCGGUUCAGUCAGGUCCCUUUAACGUCCAAUGGUCUACCAUAUUUACUUAUACUAAUUAUUUGGUUAGUUGGGGUGGGGCAUGCGCAGCCAUUUACUCAACUAUUUCCAAAUUCCAAAGUGAUAAAGCUGAUAGAAUUGCUAAGGAAUCCUGUAAAGCAAACAAGUUCAAUGCACUUGGUUAUGGAUUUUGGAUUAUCCCCGAUGCAAGAAAAUGUGAUCCUGGUACUGCAUCAAAAGUACUUGAGACGGCUGUCUCCGAUGCUCUACACCCUUUGAGAGGUGUUUCAAAUGCUGUAGGGUGUGUCAGAAUUAACGAUUGGUACGAUUAUUCUGCCUACGUAGUCGUGCUACCAUCACCAGAUAACAAUAGCUUUUGUGAAGGUAAAGGUAUUACACAUAGAAGUGCAACUUCCGAUUCUAGCAGAGACAUUCAAUAUGAAACUAAACGAAACGGACGCUAAAACUAUAAAAUGAAUUAAUAUAAUGAACUUAUUUUCUAUGAGAUAAACAUCUUUAUCCUUGCUCAAAUGGUAAAAGUUAGUUGAAAAACAACAUAAAUAAGUCUGUUUACAUCCAACGAUUUCUCGAGUUUAGUCAAUUGGGGUGAUUUGAGGCAAAGGUAGAUGCAUUUGAUAGGAUUUUGUUUUCU